AUGAAGCUCAUUUCCAUCGCAGCAAUCAUUGCCCCUUCGAGCAUUUCCACUGCUCAAGAGAGCUCGAGUCUUGAUCCUCGAACAAACCAACCCGAUCGAAAAAUCCGGGCUAUUGGCGACAAGAUUGCCCAGUGGACUCGUGAAAAUCUCUGCAAUGCUGAGGGAAAGUGCUUGCCAGCUGUGGACAAGCCCGAAGGAAAUUGGGAACAGAGAAUUGACAGAACGAUUGAGAGACUCCAGGACAGAUACCAAAAAUGCGGAACCCCACCAGAAGGAGGAAGAAAACGAAGAAGUGCUGACAGUCGUUACACCGAAGAAGAACUGUACGACCUUUUGUACGAAGACCCCGAAGAAGAAACUGUAUCAACAGGAAUCACGCCUCGAUUCAACAAAGAUGAUCCACUCAAAGGAAUCAGCCAACUUUGCGCCUCAAUCGCCAAAUGGGUCGAUGCUUAUCUUCCCCAGUGCAAGUCCAAGCAUCGAAAUUCUUACUCCAAUGUCGCGCGAGUCAGCCUGCGAAUGACCAAGUGGCGAUUUCUUUUGGAAAACAGCUACCAACGAUUUCACAAAAUGGAGGCCAGACCACUUCCGUCCGACUGGUCCAAAUGGUUCGAGCGAAAAGCAAGAAAAGCCGCUGGCACACUCUAA